UGAGCGCGCCGGAUCCACGAACCGACCCUUCUACUCUUUUCCAGAAAAUCUGGAUUUUUUUUUCUCUAUUUUUCAUUAUUAAAAGCUACAACAAAGCUGUGAACGCACGCCACCCAUUACCCGCGGCGAACAGCUGGACUCCGUGCGCAUUCAGUACCCGCUCUUCUUCUUGACAUCAUACAAUUUAUGUUUUCAAGUCGUGUAUGUGCGCGCGUCUGUGCGCGCACCCGUCCGUCCGCCCGUCCGCCGCCCGCCUUGCUGACGUGAAGGAGGGAUCUGGGAUUUGUUCUCCGCGCGCGCAACUCUGACUGACGUUUGACACAGGCUUGUGCGUGCACGUGAAAAAGGAGGAAUAAACGCAGCGUGGACACACCCGCGGGAUAUGAUCCCAGCCUAACUUGUGCCAGAGAAGCGGACCUCUCUGAGUUUUGGGUCCAACCCCUCUCAGCUCGACUACACCUAUUGCCUCCGGUCAUUUAAACCGGUAGAGUGACAGCUUGAGCAUGAGAAACGUGUUUUAGCAUUUGAUCCUGAGAGAAGAACAGAGGACACUUCAGAGCUUCAGAGCAAUGCAGCCUUUGUAGGUCUUUUGCAAGUUUGAAACGAGGAGAUCAGAGAUCAUUUGGACUCGUAUUUGAGGAUCUGGCAUCCUACAUUGAAGAUUGAUCCAGAAUUGUGAACAUGGCAUCAUUGUGGCAUGUGAUGCUCUGGAGAUGGACACUGCUUCCUUCAUUCCUGGUGCUUUGUCUGUGUGGGACACACACAUUUGGAGAUGAUGGCUUCAAUGCAGAGUCCUGGCUCCGGAUGUAUGGAUACCUCCCUCAGGCGAGUAGGCAGAUGUCCACUAUGCGAUCAGCUCAAAUCCUGUCCAAUGCCAUUAGCGACAUGCAGAGAUUCUAUCGCCUGGAGGUCACAGGAGAGAUGGAUCCAGCAACUAUAAAAGCCAUGCGGAGGCCUCGUUGUGGGGUUCCGGAUAAGUUUGGGGGUCAAAUCAAGACUAAUGUUCGCAGGAAACGCUAUGCCAUUACUGGCCACAAGUGGGACAAAACCCACUUGACCUUUAGUAUACAGAACUAUACUCCGAAGAUUGGGGAGUACAACUCAUAUGAAGCCAUCCGUAUGGCCUUCAAGGUGUGGGAGAAGGUAACACCUCUGACGUUUGAAGAAAUUCCCUAUUUGGAGGUCAAAUAUGGGCGGCGAAAGGAACCUGACAUCAUGAUUUUCUUCGCCUCUGGUUUCCACGGUGACAGCUCCCCGUUUGAUGGCGAGGGUGGCUUCUUGGCACAUGCCUACUUCCCUGGUCCAGGGAUGGGCGGUGACACGCACUUUGACUCAGAUGAGCCGUGGACAAUUGGAAAUGAGAAUUUGCAAGGAAAUGAUCUGUUUCUGGUAGCAGUGCAUGAGCUGGGUCAUGCUCUAGGUCUGGAGCACUCCAAUAAUCCUUUGGCUAUUAUGGCUCCUUUCUACCAGUGGAUGGACACAGAGGACUUCCAGCUUCCAGAGGACGAUCUCAGAGGCAUCCAGCAGAUCUAUGGACCUCCGGACAGUUCCCCAACUAAGGCUCUUCCUACAGUGACCCCCCGCCGUCCCAAGGAGCCUAAGAACCCACCAAAUCAUCCAGACCGACCACGCACCACUGACCGUCCAGAUCAGUAUGGGCCCAACAUCUGUGAGGGCAACUUUGAUACAGUCACUGUGCUCCGUGGAGAGAUGUUUGUUUUCAAAGGUCGCUGGUUUUGGAGGGUCCGAAGAAACCGAGUUCUGGAUAACUACCCCAUGCCCAUUGGGCACUUUUGGAGAGGCCUUCCUGGAGACAUUGAUGCAGCGUAUGAGAGACACGAUGGCAGAUUUGUCUUUUUCAAAGAGAAUCGGUUCUGGAUUUUUCGGGAGGCCAACCUGGAGCCAGGCUACCCUCAGGAGCUGGUAGAUUAUGGUCGGGACAUUCCUUAUGACAAGAUAGAGACAGCCAUUUGGUGGGAACCAACAGGCUACACCUACUUCUUUAAGGGAGACAGGUACUGGCGUUUUAAUGAGCAUUUGCGUGCAGUAGACCGAGACUACCCGAAACCAAUCAGUGUUUGGGAUACGUCAGUACCCGUAUCUCCCAAGGGAGCUUUCCUCAGCGAUGAUGGAGCAUACACAUACUUCUACAAAGGCACCAAGUACUGGAAAUUCGAUAACCACCGGCUGAAGAGUGAGCCUGGAUACCCCAAAUCCAUUCUCAGAGACUUCAUGGGUUGCAACGUGGACCUAGAUCCUGACCAAGACACAGACGUGGACCCGGGACGGAAGUGGCCUGACAGACCACCCUUCAACCCGGAUGCGGGCCGAGACAAGGACAAGGAGAAAGGAAAAGACAAGGACAAAGAGCAAGAUCGCACCAAUGAUGUUGACACCAAGGAGGCGAAGGAAGAGGAGACGAACGAUGUGGACGUGGUACUGAAGAUAGACGAAACGGAGCGCACCAUGAACAUUAUCAUGGUGACUGUGCCGCUGAUCCUUGUGCUGUGCAUCUUGGUGCUGAUCUACGCCAUCAUCAACACGCUGCAGAGGAAAGGGGCACCCAAGUACUUUGUGCACUGCAAGCGAUCCCUGCAGGACUGGGUUUAACUUGGACUCCUAGGUUUCAACUCUGACCUCUGAACCCUUGACCUCUCUUCCCUUUUGUCCAUCUUGUUUCUCACACACACACACACACACACACACACACACACACACACACACACACACACACCUUAUUCUCUGUUAUCCCAUGGUGCUGUCCUAAUGCAUUGACUGUAGUCUAUUUAUAUGAGAGUUUGCACAUUUGUUAUUGUUUUUUUUUUCCUUUCUUCAUGGUUCUGUUUUUCCUUCCCUCUUUUCAUUCACAUUUCUUUUUAUCUCUUAACAAGGAAACUUUUUAGAUGUGCUAUGAUAAACUGCCAUAUAGCUUAGGAAGCAUUCUCUGGAUGAGAAAAAUACAAGAGAAAUCUGAAGCAUUCGCAGUUAAAAAAAAAAGGGAAGAAAAGGAGUCAAUAUCUGAGAUCUUAAUAAUUGCUCCCUUUACUCAGGAUUCAGCUGUCGUCUGUUACUGACUGGAGAAGCCAAACAGGAAAGACGUGUUGUAGAAAACGAUCUGUUUUCAACACGACUGGCCAUUUAGAGCUCUACUUGAGGCAUGCUUGCCAGUGAUGAAGAAAAUCCCAUGCGUUUUAUUGCCUUAGUCGAAGCACUCAUGCUAUUGUUUUAACAACGGUGCCUUGGUCUUGCCAGCCAAAAGCCUUCCUGUAGUUUUACUCCUAUAGGAGGAGCCCCUUGAUCUCCCUUGCGUGUUGCUUUCUCUCUAUGAUCCUAUGAUACUGUUUGACCGUAAUCUUUUAUUGUCAGAGGAGUGUAGCUAAUGUGGUGCUUUUCCUUACGGACAAAAAAGGCAGCGUACUGUGAAACCACACUGCAGGGGAAUGGGAGGGAACGUUUGAGGUACUGGAUGCUGAAAGAGGUUUUUUUUUUCUUGUUGUUGAUGUAGGAACCGUUAGCCAAGUGUAGGCUUGCUUUAAACAAUGUAAUCAAACGCAUACACAAAAAAGGCUUAUGAAAACAUACCACUAGAACACUAUAUACCACUUGAGAGGACCAAUUGAAAAAUAAAUAAAAGGAAUUUGCGUUUCUUGUAAUGAAAGGACUUGCCGCACCUCUUUUCCUGCCCUGUUCGAGGCUGUUAGAUAAUCCUCUCAUUUUAAAAACAGCAGGUGGGCAAAAACAUUGCUAACCUCCCACCAGGGUAACAUGAGGCCUUGUGCACCUAAGAAAUCCUACUCUGAUCUGCUGAGGCAUGUAGAGAGCACGAGUAAGCAACAGAGAAGAAGAGCAAUAUAGAGAGGGAGAUGCGUGAAAGUUCAAAGCGAGGUGGUUCAGCUGUGGAAACCUUAUCUGCCAGUGGAGGACGCUUACAGUGUGUUGAUCCACAGACAACUUUGCUUUAUACACAUUUCAAGGGUGGUGGAGAGGAACCUGAGGUGUUAGAAUACCCUCCUGAGGACAAUGAGGAAUAGUAUAGAGCGGAGCCUCAUAUAGGAGCUGGCUGGCACAUGGUCGUGGCAUCCACUCUGUCACUGGUUAUUUUUGAAUGGGAAACAGGAUCUGCUGCUGGCAUUCGUUCUCUGUCCGUUCAGCAGCUACGAGCUGGAUUUGACAUGUUGCUCACGCUCCUCGAGAUUCAAACUCGAACUUGAUUUUGAUUGAUGAUUGAGCAGCUUGUCAUUGUUUUAAGUGGAAAACUUUUCUUAGCGUGACCUCAAAACAUCAAUUCAGCAUUGCACAUUUUUCAAGAAAAAAAAGCAUCUCUGUGCCAGGGGAGAAAGUUUCCGUGUUCACAAAGGCACAGAGGAUGGCGUAGAUGAGAGAAGGAAAGUAAAGUGAGUGGUACUAUAAAUAUUGCCUUGUCGGGCAAGGUUGACUCAAGACCACUUUCAUAAAUAUUAUGGAGAGACUAGAGGAGACGGAGGACAUUCAUGACUUGCAUGCCAUCACCGAUGGAGGCCAUUCAGUUCCCUUGCCAGGCAGCACCCUUCCCCCUUCCAUUCGACGAGGAGAGUUAAUCAGAGAUAAAAGCUGUUCCUUCUCUCCUCUCCUCUCUUUCCCCUCCUCCACAGAUCAAUGAAGAAUACACAAACAGGCCUGAAGGGGAUCCAGAAUUCGAGACUUCGUGCUCAGCCCAUGCUAGCCUGAUGUGUUCCCAUCUGAACAGAUGCUUACUUGCUGCUUCGCACCUUUGUGGCCUUGUUCUGAGAGACCUUCUGGCUGUUUUGGUGUUCUGGCUGAUUAAUGUUAUCUUUGUAUUUGCUUAGGCAAUCGAAACCAAAUGCUCUGUCAAGGCCGUUUAAAGUGAACUUGUCCAGUAAACACGCUGUUCGUGUGAACUGUUCACAAACGAAAGACUGGCUUUAGAUCUUAACUUUUAAUCACAGAUCUUUCCUGGAACUAGAGCUAGUUGUAAGAGUAUUUACAUUAAGCAUGAUCUGAAUUUGUAACCAUUUACAAAGUAGAGAUGAAACAGGAGUGAUUAUGCUGGAGAACAGCUAAUAAAUAAUCAACGCUGCACAAAAAUCUGUGUCAUGAGAAUGUUAGUAUCCAAGUUUCAUUCUCACACUCAUGCCUACUCCUGUAUUUCUGCUCAAAUAACAAUGGACCCUCUUACUUCAGGCAUUAUUGUCCUGCAUAGUACUUUUUCUGGCCAACAGGAAGAAAGUCUGGGCUUUACGCCAAAUCCAGGAAGCGCCCUCCCACAAUUGCUCGCUCUUGCAUAGCAAUCUUAAAGCCAUUGUGGGUUUUAGUAAAAUAUUUCCUGAAGUUGCAGCGCCGUGAUUUUUUUUUUAAGUUGUGCAUUGCUGGUUUUUUUUUCAGCAUUUGCAGAUUUUUUUUCAGUAUUGUGUUUGUGCAAGACGCAUCCACACAAAAUAGCAGACGGGAUUCACUGUCUGUGAUCUUUCUCACUUUCUAGCUUCUGAGUUAUGCAUGAAACAAGAGUUUCAUCUCUGUUAAUCAUCUGCCCUGCUCAUUUCUUUAAUCCCAUACUGUAGUUGCUAAAUAGUAUGAACAAAGGACAUCAUAGUGCCGGAAAACUGUCAUAUUUUGGUAUCUGUAGCCUUGAAAGUGUCAGGAUUUUUGUCAGUAUUAGGCCACCUGUGUCUGGACUGAGAAUAAUUUCACUGUAGUCUUUAACCUACAUGUUGACAGUAUGUCUGUUCCUGUAUCACUGUAUCACAAAGCAUCUCACUUGACCCCAUGAGCCAUGUCUUUUAACAAAGCAAAUCCAUGCACAGACUGAAUAAUUAAUCAAAUCAGGUAAAGAAAUAAAAGGCUCACUCGUGUUGCUAAAGCAAUGUCAUGACAAUGUUGUGCAACUUAUAUAGUGCUGCAAUUAUUUUUUAAAAAACCUCAUGUUUAUUAAUAAUGAUUAAAUGUAUGAUACUAUUUUUGUGGUUUCGGUUAAACUGAUUGGUUUCCUGACUAUCUUAUUUGAACUUAAUUGGUUGUUUUUGAAAAUGUAAAUAUUGUAGGACUUUUUUUUUUUUUUUUUACUUUGUUAACAUUCCGGUUUUGUGUUUUUAUUUUGUUUUCUGAUGUAGAAACUGAAGAUUUUAUACAUUUGUGUUGUUUGUUGAUCACAUCUGUUGAGUGUCUCUAAUGAUCCAUGCUGGACAUGUAAACAAUAAUAAAUAAAUGAACUGAAUAUGAAA